CCAGGAGGGCCAGCACAUAAAUGGCAAAAGCCAGGAGGGUGGGUGCUGUCCUGCCCAGCAUGCAGACCCACGGCAGCACGCCUUGCCCCUGCCCCAGCUUCAGGCUGCGGGAGCUGGCAUCCAUGUACUUCACCAUGGUGGCUGUGUUCCUGGUCAUCCUGGUGGUGGCUCUGAAGGGCUCGGCACCUCGCAGCACCUAUUUCCCCUACAAGGUGCCCCUCGAUCCUCAGGGGCUGCUGGAGCUCUCGUGGAACGUCAGCUACCCCGAGCAAGCCGUGUAUUUCCAGAUCCUCAUCAGGGAGUUCAAGUUUGGGCUCCUCUUUGGGAUGUCGGACCGAGGCGAGUUUGAGAACGCAGACCUGGCCAUGCUCUGGACUGAUGGUAACAGUUCAUAUUUUGGGGAUGCCUGGAGUGAUGCCGAGGGGCAGCUGCACAUGGACUCCCAGCAGGACUAUCAGCUGCUCGGGGCUCAGAAGGCUCCUGAGGGAUUCUACCUUGUCUUCAGAAGAGCCUUCAGUACCUGUGACCCCAAGGACUACCUUAUAGAGGAUGGCACUGUGCACCUUAUCUAUGGGAUCCUGGAGCGCCCCGUCCAUUCCCUCCACGCCAUCAACAUCUCUACCUUGUAUAGAGGACUGCAGAGAGUGCAGCUGCUGAAACCCAACAUCACCAUCCCUGAGCUGCCCAGUGAUGUGAAGACCAUGGAGAUAACGACCCCCAGUAUUGUUAUUCCCAGCCAGGAGACAACAUACUGGUGUUACAUCGCAGAGCUGCCUGACAGCUUCCCCAAACACCACAUUAUCAUGUAUGAGCCAGUGAUCACAGCGGGUAAUGAAGCCCUGGUCCACCACAUGGAAAUCUUCCAGUGCUCAGCUGAGUUUGACAGCAUCCCCCAUUACAGUGGUCUGUGUGACUCCAAGAUGAAGCCAGAGAGGCUCAACUACUGCAGGCAUGUGCUUGCAGCAUGGGCCAUGGGAGCGCAGGCUUUCUACUACCCCAAAGAAGCAGGGCUUGCCUUUGGUGGUCCAGGCUCCUCCAGAUAUUUGCGCCUUGAGAUUCACUACCACAACCCUCUGAUAUUCAAAGGACGCCGUGAUUCCUCAGGAAUCCGCCUGUACUACACAGCCAGCCUGCGUCCCCACGAUGCUGGCAUCAUGGAGCUGGGCUUGGUCUACACACCAGUGAUGGCCGUGCCCCCAGGGGAGACCUCCUUCAUCCUCACUGGGUACUGCACUGACAAAUGCACCCAGAAGGCACUGCCUACAGAUGGGAUCCGCAUCUUCGCCUCCCAGCUCCACACUCACCUGGCAGGGAGAAAAGUGGUGACUGUGCUGUCACGGGAUGGCAGAGAGCAGCAGGUGGUGAAUGCCGAUAGGCACUACAGCCCCCACUUCCAGGAGAUCCGCAUGCUGAAAGAGUUGGUUGCAGUUUUUCCGGGUGACGAACUCAUCACCACCUGUACCUACAACACAGAGGACAGGAGCAAAGUGACUGUGGGUGGGUUUGGCAUCAUGGAGGAGAUGUGCGUGAACUACGUGCACUACUACCCCCAGACACAACUGGAGCUCUGCAAAAGUGCUGUGGAUCCAGGCUAUCUGCACCGUUACUUCAACCUUGUCAACAGGUUUAACGAUGAGGAGGUCUGCAUGUGCCCACAGGUCUCUGUCCCACAGCAGUUCUCCUCCAUCCCUUGGAACACAUUCAACAGAGACGUGCUGAAAUCCCUCUACAGCUUCGCUCCCAUCUCAGUUCACUGCAACAAAUCCUCGGCCGUGCGCUUCCCGGGUGAGUGGGAGAAGCAGCCGCUUCCCAGCAUCACCAAGACACUGAAGGAGCCUCAACCUCACUGCCCACCCACCCCAGGGCCUCACCCUGCUGUCCCCGUGCCCAUCAACCUGGAUGACAUCAGGAGGGGCUGAGCUACAUCCCAGUCCCUGCUGGUGUGCCAGCAUCGCAAUGGGACGUGGCAUGGACAGCCAUAAGGAGCAUCAUCCCAUUGCUCCCUGCAUCCCUGCCCCAGCUCCUGCCUCCGGAGGGGGUUAGGGCUCAUCUCUCUCAGUUCAGAAAGUACUCCGGAGAUGGAAAGCUCUAUAUUUAGUG